GUGUGUGUGUGUGUGUGUGUGUGAGAUUUACCUUCAUCCUUGUGCAUGUGUGUUGUGUGUGUGCAUGUGUGUGUUUGUGUGUGUGUGUUGGGGUAAUAGGGAGUGUUAACUUUACCCUUGUCUAUGUAUGUGAGUGUUAGAUUUACCCUUCAUCUUUGUGUGUGUGUGUGUGUGUGUGUGUGUGUGUGUGUGUGUGUCAGCUCAUGUUGCAGUGUGAGUCCUGUAGAGAGCGGUGUUUGGUUUUAUAGAGUCGCUUUUAUAGAGCGCGCGCUGUACGCCGUACUGUACACGCGAGCGCGCGGAGGGAGGAGCGACUCUCACGCGCCUUUCUCCUCAUUCCUCUCUCCGCUUCACGUCCCACCAAGAAGAAGAAGAAGAAGAAGCAGGAAGGAGGAAGAAGGAGGAGAAGAGGAACGAGAAGACGCAUGCACACACUCACACACACACAUAUAUAUGAAUAUAUAAAUAUAUAUAUUUAUAUAGAGAAACACGGACACUGACUUUCUAUGUGUGGUGCGUUUAUUCACGCGCACUGAAGUGUCGGCACGCCGCGCCCUGAGCCUCGCGCGCUCUCUCUCUCUCUCUCUCUGGAUACGAUACAGGAACGGAACACGGACACGUCCACGCGUGCGCGGGCGCGCACUUACAGACACACACUCACACACACACACACACACACACAUACUCUUACACACACUUUCUUCUGGGUCGUCCUUGCUUUCGUGGAAAAAGAAAACAACACUUGGUCGGACCUUCGCGCGUCGGUAAAACUAUAAGCUUUGGAGUUGAAGUUACAGGAAGUCAGGAAGGAAGCACCUGUGUUUGUGCUGUAGAAUGGAAAUAAUCGACGACUGGAUGCACUCGUCACACCGAUACAGAAGCCCAAAGAUUUCAUCAGAACUAAGAACUACCAGUUCCAGCUCUAGCAACAAGUACAGAAUCUACAGAAUGGUGUGGAUUAGAGGCUGCAGCUGAUUUCUUUCUGGCCCAGACUGCAGAUUUUUGCUGGGGACUCCCCCCCUGAGGACCCUGUACAGAGAAAACAGCUAACCAGACGUACAUCUCAAAACUCCACUGGUUGUGUCUAAUGGUAUUGGCCAUCUGUGUUGGAGCGAACACUGGGAUUGGUCGGUGAACGUGGCUCCUCAGAGCUGUGGGAUGUCCACCUGACUCAGCGACGCGAAUGACAGGCACUCGUCCACAGGUGGGGCCCGCCUCAGUCUCACAUGAUUGGCUGCUGGAUGGAAUUAAGGUGAAUGGAACACAUGCCCAAGGAGCAGGAUCUUAACCAAUCAGAGAAAGAAGAGAAACGGUGGCUCAAUGGCCCGAAGAGGAAGAGGAAGAAUAGUCAGUGUUCGGUGAAGAGCAUGUCAGGGUACAUCCCGAGUUAUCUAGAGAAGGAUGAGCCGUGUGUGGUGUGUGGAGACAAAGCCACUGGCUACCACUACCGCUGCAUAACCUGCGAGGGCUGCAAGGGUUUCUUCCGGCGCACCAUCCAGAAGAACCUCCACCCGGCGUAUUCCUGCAAGUACGAUGGCUGCUGCAUCAUCGACAAGAUCACCCGCAACCAGUGCCAGCUGUGCCGCUUCAAGAAGUGCAUUGCCGUGGGCAUGGCCAUGGACCUGGUUCUUGACGAGGCGAAGCGAGUGGCCAAGCGGCGUCUCAUCGAGGAGAACCGGGAGAAGAGGAAGAAGGAGGAGAUGGUGAAGACCCUGCAGAACAGGCCCGAGCCCACGGGGACAGAGUGGGAGCUGAUCCGCCUUGUGACAGAGGCUCAUCGCCACACCAACGCCCAGGGCUCACACUGGAAACAGAAACGCAAGUUCCUGCCUGAAGACAUCGGCCAGUCACCUGUAGCCCCGACGUCAGACGGGGACAAAGUCGACCUGGAGGCCUUUAGUGAGUUUACGAAGAUCAUCACGCCAGCCAUCACACGCGUCGUCGACUUUGCCAAAAAACUGCCCAUGUUUUCAGAGCUGCCUUGUGAGGACCAGAUCAUCCUGCUGAAGGGCUGCUGUAUGGAGAUCAUGUCUCUGAGGGCGGCGGUGAGGUACGACCCCGAGAGCGAGACUCUGACGCUGAGCGGAGAGAUGGCCGUGAAGAGGGAGCAGUUGAAGAACGGCGGCCUGGGCGUGGUCUCCGAUGCCAUCUUCGACCUGGGGAAGUGCCUCGCACAGUUUAACCUGGACGACACAGAGGUGGCGCUGCUGCAGGCCGUGCUGCUCAUGAGCUCAGACCGCUCAGGUUUGACGUGCAUGGAGAAGAUCGAGAAGUGCCAGGAGACGUACCUGCUGGCGUUCGAGCACUACAUCAACUAUCGCAAGCACAACAUUCCCCACUUCUGGCCCAAGCUGCUGAUGAAGGUGACGGACCUGCGCAUGAUCGGGGCAUGCCACGCCAGCCGGUUCCUGCACAUGAAGGUGGAGUGUCCCACGGAGCUGUUCCCUCCUCUCUUCCUCGAGGUCUUCGAGGACCAGGAAGUGUGAUGGAGCUAGAAAUAUAUAUAUAUGUUUUGGUUUUAAAACUUACACACCUGACCAUCUCCGUCCUUUGAAACACAUCGAGUUACACAGUCCUGGUCCACAGUCCAAACCUCAUCCACCUUCCCACGCGUCAAACGCACCAGCAGCAUGAUGGCAGAGCCAGAGGCGGCGUCAGGACCUUCUCCGGGGCUCGUGUUCUCCUUCGAUGUUUUUUGAAAUAGCUAUUUAUUCUUUUUUUCGCUUUUUACGGAGUGUUUAACCCCUCCCACUUUUUAGUUUUUUUUUCUCUGACAGCCGAUUUACACGUGGCCCUUCUGUCUCUGCGCUACGUCUUACAUUGAUCUACCUGAGACUGAACCUUAGCAGCUAUGGACACAAAUACACACUCACACACACACACACACACACACACACAUAUACAUGUCUAACCUCAAGUCAGAACACUUCAACACACACAAACACAAACACACCCACACACUACUUUCACACCAGCUACUCAGAGCAGCUCUGUUGGACAGGGCGUGUACAAAAACAAGGCGCUAAUCCGGCGCUAGAUUUGUAUUAGCCAGUGUUCACGCCAUUUCGUUCUGUUACCACUUUGUGAGGACCGUCGGUGUCUUUCUUGUUCUUUUUUUCUUUCUCUUGUAUACACGCGCAGUGAACAGACCGGCGUAGCAGCGGUGUCGUAGCUAGACUCGAACAGACCUCAUUUCACUGAUACUAGUGAGCCCCGUGUGCCGGCUGGGAGGAAAAAAUGAUUAGAGAAAUUGUAUAUUUCUGAAUGGAUUUUGAGAUGGUUUUAAAGUAUGGACACAUAUUUAUUUGUUCACCUGGAUGUAGACCACUUUAGAGAAGAAUCACAGGCAGGAGGUGCCAGUUUGUGGUUCUGCCUGGUCAUGGCCCGGGUUCGUAGAACCGAUGCUUUUUAGAGUCGUAUCCAGAAUAUUUUACAAUGAUCUCAUUUACACAGCAAGAGGCCUUGCUCAGGGGCCCAGUUGAGGCAGCUUGACCGUGCUAGGAUUUGAACUCCUGACCUUCUGCUUCCUCAAAAGCUUGUUUGAAAAAAAGAUGAUUUAACAUGAUGAGCAAAUGAGCAGAUAAGCAACAAGGCACUUUAUUCGUCCUUUUUGUUUGUUUGAUGUUGCAUUCCUGUCAGAAAAGUUUCACAAGACAUCUGAGGCGACUUCUUUUUACUAACAAGCAAGCAAUCAGAUGUAAAACUUAUGGAAUGCACAUAUACCCCCCCUGAUUAGCAUGAACAUACAGUGUUCAUUCAUCCUUAGUAACCGCCUGGUCAGGGCUGCUGUGGUUCACCUUCAGCUAGCGUUUUGUUGCUGUUGAGAAAAAAAGAACUAGUUAAAUGUGUUUUCUGAGGCGGGUAGAAACAAAUACAAUGUCUGUGUACAAUGUCUCGCACAAGUCUGUCGUUGAGUAAUAUUGAGGAAGGAUCAGGGCCAGGAUUUUAGACACCGUGCUUACAUUGCUAGUGUUUCUAGCUUUGAGGGUUUUUUUGUGUUUUGUAAGAAAUACAAACUUCCAGUCUAGGCCACAUUUAAUCCAUAUUUGCUGUUAGAAUAACCGUCUGGGAAGAUGUUUUACUAGAUUUCAGUGUGUUCUUGUGGAGAUUUGUGAGAUUUCAUUCAGCCAAAAGAGUUUUGGUAAAGUCAGGUACCGACGUAGAUCAGGCCACUCAACCUUCCACUCUUCCACUCAAAAUCCAUAAAAAGCAUAAAAAGGUCUCCUAGUUCAAGUGACGGGAAAAUUUGAUGCCAGCAUCCAAAGGCAUCCAAAGGCAAACGUUAGGUAACAUUUUGGAAAAAACAACAAAUGUUUGGAAAAGCUGGGUGUUCUGAUACUUUUGAAUACCCUGGUUGCUAGCUAGCCUACUGAAUCUCAUCCGGCGUAACUCACUGAGGUAAAAGAGAAGCUCACAAACCGGGGAAUAAAAUCAGGCAUCACAUAAAUCAGGCUAAUAAAAAAAACUGAAUAGUAUUAUGUUCCUCCCAGACCGUGCACACGCACACGCACACACACACACACACACACAUAUAUAUAUAUAUAUAUAUAUAUAUAUAUAUAUAUACACAUACAUACACACCUCAGAAACCUCAGAAAGCCUCAUUACUGUAUGCACAGCAGUGCUGUUGCUCUGAAACCAUCUCCAUUUUCUCCCUGUCUAGGCACAUACGUUGCUCUGGGUGUGACAUACAUACACACACACACACACACACACACACAUAUAUAUAUAUAUACACACACACACACACGGAUAAGUGUAGACAGAGCAGGCAGGUUAGCGACGUGAUGAACUGGCUGUUUUAUGGUAUUGUUGUUGAAUUGUUAUUUUGCUUUGUACCUCAGUUCGGGCACACCUCUGGCUGUGGCUCCACAACUGCCUCUGUGCUGACAGGCUCUACCUCACCUCUGAACAGAGAGCAGCUACCUCAGCCUCCUCCUCUCACACACACACACACACACACACACACACACACAUUCUUGAACACACUGAUGUAUUCAUGAGCAGGAACACAAAGACGUCCCUCGGUCUAAAACCAACACACUGACCCGGCUCUCGCUCUGGUCCGAAUACCACUGUAGACAGGAGGGCCGACCAUUCCUCAUCCUUAUCCUCAUCCUAUCCACGUUCCUGAUCCUCAUCCUCACUCGAAACCAGGCUGAGAGGACAACAGAGGACAACCAUUUUCAUGUUACGGGGUUUUAAUUUCUACUUUAUUUUUAUAUAUAUCUAAGUGGGACCAACUGACACAUGGGAAAUAUGGAAGUCCUCAGUUUGUUUUUUCAUUCCGUUGUAAAUGGACGCCGACUCGAGCGGAAAUUGAACGCAAGAGGAGAGGAGAGGUUUUUUUUUCUUUUUGAAGAAGAAGAAAAGAAAGGAACGAGCGAGCGCCGUCGCGGUGUAAAUUCGAGCGGCAAAUUACGGAUUCGAUUAAAGGAAAUGAAGUCGAAAGAACAAAACUUUGUGCUCGGAGUAGUUUGCGAAUGACACGAAAGUGGGCACGAUCAUGACUCAUCCUGGCAUCGAUACUCAAAGAAUAGCAGGGUUUGCCAACCAGACUCUUCCUACCAUCAUUUAUUCAUACAAAUAUAUAACCAGAAUAUACAAGUGUGGCGAGUUCUACCCGAAGCCACGCCUCCUCAGAAACCUCUCAGUAUUACAGCUACCACCACCACCAUGUUUCAACUCCACAAAACAAAACAAAAAAAUCGCUUAUACCUCAUACUUUUGCUUCAAAUGUUCCUCCUCCCACAACUAGUUUAUAAGCCCCUCCCACUUAUGAGACAAGAUUGAGAGUUGAAUACGCCCACACCCCACUGCCGAGCGAAUGCGAACCCAGAAAAGGCUUCUAGGAUAUGUCCAACGGUCCGGGUUGCUCCGCCCACUCUCAUCGGAUUCCCACCUGAAACGCGAGAGAAAUCAAACCGCACGUCAAGGAAUCACCAUGACGACGGCAAACGGUUUCGAGGGUGCAACCGCAGGGGGCAAUGAAGCUGCUCUAGCAUUUUUAAGUCUAAUAUUAUUUGAGAGACAAUAAUACAAAAUUUUAAUUCUAAUGAAUUAAAAAAAUUAAGCUUUUAAAAACAAAAACAAAAAAUAAAGAAAUAAUAAAAAAAAAACACCCAUGACUUUCAGGACUCCAGAACAAAACUGAAAAAGUUGGAGCUCUUUCUGUUGUUCGGUUUCUUUUUUUUUUUUCUUUUCUUUAACCCUGGUGGGUUUUUUUGUUUGUUUUCUUUUUGUUCGUUCGUCAGUUUUAUGGUGCUUAACUGCUAUGUAAGAAAGAAAGAAAGAAAAACAAACAGCCGUAGUCACUUUUUUCGACCAUGCGUGUAGUGUAUGUAAAAAACAAAAAAAAAACAACAAAAAAACAAAACAGGAAUUUCAGCUCUUUUUUUUAAUCACCUCAACAGUUUGUGACCAGACGCCAACAACUCGAUCAGUUUGUCUGUAUAUUUGUUCUCAUGUCCGUCCUUUUAUCCAGAUGAAUUUACAACCACAAAAAAGAAAAAAAAAGACAACAGAAAUAUAUUUUUUUUGUUUCGUUGUUGUUUUUUUAAUGAACCAAGAAUCUGUAUAAAGAAAUAAUAAUAAUGCAAAAGAGACUGAAAAAAAAAAAAAUUCUGAACCACAAUCGACUCAUACCUCACACAACACAAGACUCAGACGAACUUGUUCGGAGCGCUUUCUAAUUACGGCCGAGGCACUCGAGUGUUCGAGUUUGAGUGUGUACUGACGUACGGAGAUGUAAGACGAGGUAAAAGUGCAGAAGUGUCAGUUUUUAUCUCUCUCACACACACACACACACACACACACACACACACACACAGGUUUAGAGCUUAAAAACCUGAUCUGUGUGUGUGUGUUUGUGUGUGAGAGAUCGGAGAGAGCGUGUCAUGGACUUGAAUGUAGCUGACAGAAUCGGGUUUCUAAGUGAGCCCCCCCCCCCAAAAAAAAAAGUAAGACAAACCACAAAAAAAAUUAACCUCACUUCAGGUCACCAGCAGAGUGGACUUUACUGUCGGGGGGAAAAAACUAAAAGUUACACAACAACAAACUGAGAAUGGAUUGUGUAAAAACCCACCUGCAAGGUGCAAUUGUUUUUUUUUUUGUUUUGUUUUUUUUUUUUACUUUUUUUUUGUUUUAUUUGUACUUUUUUUCUGACCAUAACCAAGUAUGUAAAUACACACACACACACACACACACACACACACACACACACACACACACACACACAUACACCCACAACAACAACAAAUUCCCAAAAGAAUAUUUUUGAGUAUAUGAUAUAUCACACAUAUGCAACACUAGUAUGCAUACUGGACGUUGAGGAAAAUCACGCCGAUCACACACGUGUAAAUGGACAAAACUAGCAGAAUCUACAUCACGCCACUUUCGAAACGCUUUACGGUGCGCUCGUCUUCACCGGAAACAAAUGCUUUCUCGUAGUGUAGUGUAUCCCCGUGCCUCGCCCCCUCACGCAGAGCCACCGCGGACGUUUUCUGCCUCAACGUGUUCGAUAGAAAAGGAAGAAGCCCCCCCUCCAAAAACAAGACAAAAACGAUCUUUAUUGGUGGACAUCAUGUGGUCAUGAUAUUGUAUAUGGGAGGAAAAGGAUGGUGUUUUGGGGUGUUUUCUUUCUUUCUUUCUUUCUUUCUUUCUUUCUUUCUUUCUUUCUUUCUUUCUUUCUUUUACUUUGAAGCAAAUGCAGACUUCUGCUUUUUUUUCCCCCUCUUGAUAAAAAAAAGCUUUGUAGCAAGAACGUCUAUGCAAAGAUCUUUCCUCGUCUCGCUCCGAAUGCACGCCGCUUGAAGAUUAGUCGUCUGUCUAUCUGUCUGUAUAUCCAUUCGUCUCUCUAUCCAUCUGUUUAUCUGUGUAUCUGUAUGUCUCAGCUAAGCUAAGCUAACCUUCAACAGUGACUUUUGCCGUGUAUGUAUGCCAUGUGAUUGUGUGUGAGAGAGAGAUCUGAUCAACGCACUCGUGGGUCAAUGGAUCGCUACUAUCUUAAAACGACUGUGUGAAGUUCAGGCGGAAAUACAGUAUAUUACUGUUUUUUUUCCAGAGGAAUUGAAGUGGUACAUGUGCAGCCCUGCAGUGUGGCUCUGUGAAGAAUCGCCAUGCUGAGAAUAAAGAUGUUUUUUUUAGGAAUAAAUGUAUAAAAAUUGGAGGAGUUUCAGUUCCAUCACUAAGCGUCCGUGAAAGUACGAUUUCUGAAGAAUUAUUCUGAAAAAAUUUAAAAUUUAAUUGAUACGUACAAUUCAUAACAUUUGAUCAGUCGUUAGUAAUGUUGAAAUCUGGAUCAUGUAGCUGUCUGAAAGUCUGAAUACUUUUUCAAUGCAUUGUGAAUAUAUAUAUAUACACACACACACACACAAGUCCCUGAAUUGAUGCAUUCCGAUGACCCUGUUGUAACUUAUAAAAUAUCGAGACAUGGCAUUAGCCUAACCAGGGGUCUUAAAGAAUGAUCCGUACGGGGUAUUAGACUGUCAUUCGAUUAUAAUUUAACACAUUAAAAUACAUAAUUUAGCAAAACACAGCAAUUUACGCUUUCGUAUUGUAAAAAACGGGGCGUGGUCCGGCGACGCCGAUAAAAAGGAGAGGAGCAAGAGCUAAACUUGGGCUUCGAAACAGCAAAACCACAGCAAAGACCACUGACCCCUGGGAGAUGAAGGCAUUAAGGCGGGAGAUGCGUAUAUCCUGGAAGCGCCAAAUCGCAUCGUACGAUAAUUAACAUGCCGCGCAAAAACAAAACAAUUUUUACAACUUUUUCGCAUCGCUAUCAUCAACGUAAGAUCGGAAAAUCGUAACUCAGGAACUACCUGUAUUUAUAAAUAUAUAUUUAUGAUGAUUAUCAAUUAAUUUUUCUUAAAUCAUGCAAUGUUAAAAAAUAAUAAUAAUAAAUUUUAGGUCCUUUUUUAUUUUCCCCGUUUUUUUUAUUUAAUGCCACACAAAUAAUAAUAUAUAAUAAUAAAAAUAAAUCAUUUUGUUCAAGUUCAUCAACGAUUCUUUCUGUGUUUUGAAUCUAUUUAUCUAUUAUCUUCCAUUGCAUCAGAAAGUAUAUCAAACUGCAGUAUCAGCGUUCAGACUUCAGAUGCAGCAGCUGUCCUCAGAUUUCCAUUACGAGCAAAUGUUCAAAUGAAAAACGUUUCCCAGUUCUUUCCUCUGCAUCAAGAAACCUGUUGGAAUUCGCACCUAUUUGCACCGAAUGCACUAAAAAGAGAUUCCGUUGAUAAAAUCAGUUAUUAAAAGUGAUCGGCUCGGUCGUCCUCUGCUUAUCUGUGAAAGAAAUUAGUGACGUCGUCCCGAAACUAACCAAAAUCCGAGAGUGCAAUAUAUUUAUUUCAGCACCCUGGUCACAUGACCCUAAUUUUUUUUUGUGGCCUGAUCUGGACUCUGGAGUGUUUAUUUGUUUGGAGCUAAUCGAAUUAGUCUGAACUUUUAACUGAGUGUGUGAAACACGCUAAUGAUACACACUGUGUAGAGAUGCAGAAUAAAUAGUGUGUAUUAUGUGAAAAGAUGGCAGGAUUUUGUUUCAGACACCGGUACCAAUCCGGAAAUCCUACGUGUAAAUGGGAGAUUUACCCCCCAAAAAAAGAUAACGAUCGGAUCACAUGGUUGAUGGCAGAUGCUUUUAUCUCGAGUAGUCGAGGGUCUUGCUUUGGGGCCCAAACGACAGCUUGGUUGUGUUUCCGUGGUUAAAAUGUUGGAAGUCUGUUUAGAAGGUUGUGAGUUCACAUCCCAGCACCACCAAGCUGCCUCUUGGGCUCCUGAUUAAGACACUCAGAUGCUGUAUAAAGAAAACUAAUUGUAUUCGGCUCUGGAGAAGGGGCUUCUUCUAAACGCCAUGUGGUCCUUCAGGAACGUAUUUGAUACCUUCAGGACCAGAAUGAAUUUUCUAUCCAUCCGAGAUGCUCGUUUUCAGUGUAAGAAAUUAAAAAUCUGAAAUUCGGAAUAAAAUUUCACAGAAAAAAUGUUCCUUGACCUUGCAUCGUGAUGCUGCUUCGCUCACCUUCUUUCAAUCUAGCAAUCCUGUGUGUGUGUUACUGUGCAUGUGCUAUAUUCAGUGUGUUGUGUUUCUGUCCUCCGUGUGCUCAUCAUGCUCUCCGCACACCCUCACAGCCCCUCUCAAGGCCACCGAUCGCUUUAUACAGCAAAACUUUGCAAUAGAAAUAUGAAUGUAGCCGUGAGAACGAGUGAAGCAGCGGGAAGACAUGAGCCAAUUCAGUCAUGAAGGUCGUGAUUUUCUAAUUUCACAAUGAAAUCACGUGUAAUUGGUAAAAAAAAAAAAGCCACUUUAUUUUCAUUUUUUAAAGAAAUUCUCUCUAUCUAUCUCACUUCUGCUCUAUCCCUCACUCCAUCUCUCUCAUUUUGGC